GACAUAGUCAUGCUGAAGAAAUUCGACAAGAAGGACGAGGAGUCGGGUGGAGGCUCCAACCCAUUCCAGCAUCUUGAGAAGAGUGCAGUACUCCAGGAGGCUCGUGUAUUUAAUGAAACUCCUAUCAACCCUCGGAAAUGUGCACACAUCCUCACCAAGAUACUUUAUCUCAUAAACCAGGGGGAGCAUCUGGGGACCACUGAAGCAACUGAGGCCUUCUUUGCCAUGACCAAGCUCUUUCAGUCCAAUGAUCCCACACUUCGUCGGAUGUGCUACCUCACUAUCAAAGAAAUGUCUUGUAUUGCAGAGGAUGUCAUCAUUGUCACCAGCAGCCUGACAAAAGACAUGACCGGGAAGGAGGACAACUACCGGGGCCCAGCUGUGCGUGCCCUCUGCCAGAUCACCGAUAGCACCAUGCUACAGGCCAUUGAGCGCUACAUGAAACAGGCCAUUGUGGACAAGGUGCCCAGCGUCUCCAGCUCUGCCCUCGUGUCUUCUCUGCACUUGCUGAAGUGCAGCUUCGAUGUGGUCAAGCGCUGGGUGAAUGAGGCCCAGGAGGCAGCAUCCAGUGAUAACAUCAUGGUACAGUACCAUGCGCUGGGGCUUCUGUACCACGUGCGCAAAAAUGACCGCCUGGCUGUCAGUAAGAUGAUCAGCAAGUUCACCCGGCACGGCCUCAAGUCUCCCUUUGCCUACUGCAUGAUAAUCCGGGUGGCCAGCAAGCAGCUGGAGGAGGAGGAUGGCAGCCGUGACAGCCCGCUGUUUGACUUCAUUGAGAGCUGCCUGCGCAACAAGCACGAGAUGGUGGUAUAUGAAGCUGCCUCAGCCAUUGUUAACCUGCCUGGCUGUGGUGCCAAAGAGUUGGCCCCAGCUGUGUCAGUGCUCCAGCUUUUCUGCAGUUCACCCAAGGCUGCUCUCCGCUAUGCUGCUGUCCGCACCCUCAAUAAGGUUGCCAUGAAGCAUCCAUCAGCAGUGACAGCCUGUAAUCUGGAUCUGGAGAACCUUGUCACUGAUUCAAAUCGCAGCAUCGCAACACUGGCCAUCACUACCCUCCUCAAAACGGGUAGCGAGAGUAGCAUUGACCGCCUCAUGAAGCAGAUAUCCUCUUUUAUGUCAGAGAUCUCAGAUGAAUUCAAGGUGGUGGUUGUCCAGGCCAUCAGUGCCCUGUGUCAGAAGUAUCCUCGCAAGCAUACCAUCCUCAUGAACUUCCUGUUCACCAUGCUGCGCGAAGAGGGUGGCUUUGAGUACAAGCGUGCGAUUGUGGACUGCAUCAUCAGCAUCAUUGAGGAGAACUCAGAGAGCAAAGAGACAGGGCUGUCCCACCUAUGUGAGUUCAUUGAGGACUGUGAGUUCACCGUGCUGGCCACCCGCAUCCUGCAUCUCUUAGGCCAGGAGGGACCCAAGACCAACAACCCCUCCAAGUAUAUCCGCUUCAUCUAUAACCGAGUGGUUUUGGAGCAUGAGGAGGUCCGAGCAGGUGCUGUGAGUGCUCUGGCCAAGUUUGGAGCCCAGAAUGAAGAGAUGUUACCAAGCAUCUUGGUGCUGCUGAAGAGGUGUGUAAUGGAUGAUGACAAUGAAGUAAGGGACAGAGCAACCUUCUAUCUAAAUGUUCUGGAGCAGAAGCAGAAGGCCCUCAAUGCAGGCUACAUCCUAAACGGUCUGACUGUGUCCAUCCCUGGUCUGGAGAGAGCUUUGCAGCAGUACACUCUAGAACCAUCAGAAAAACCUUUCGACCUCAAGUCUGUUCCCCUAGCCACCACACCCGUUGUAGAGCAGAGAACAGAAAGCACCCCCAUCACAGCAGUUAAGCAGCCUGAGAAAGUGGCAGCCACCCGGCAGGAGAUCUUCCAGGAGCAAUUGGCAGCAGUGCCAGAGUUCCAUGGACUAGGGCCCCUUUUCAAGUCCUCACCUGAGCCUGUGGCCCUCACCGAAUCAGAGACAGAGUAUGUCAUCCGCUGCACCAAACACACCUUCACUGACCACAUGGUGUUUCAGUUUGACUGCACCAACACACUCAAUGACCAGACUUUGGAGAACAUCACAGUGCAGAUGGAGCCCACUGAGUCUUAUGAGGUGCUUUGUUAUGUCCCUGCCCGAAGCCUGCCCUACAACCAGCCUGGGACCUGCUACACGCUGGUGGCACUGCCCAAGGAAGAUCCCACAGCUGUGGCCUGCACAUUCAGCUGCAUGAUGAAGUUCACUGUCAAGGACUGUGACCCCACCACAGGGGAGACUGAUGAUGAAGGAUAUGAGGAUGAAUAUGUGCUGGAAGAUCUGGAAGUCACUGUGGCUGAUCACAUCCAAAAGGUCAUGAAGUUGAACUUCGAAGCAGCCUGGGACGAGGUAGGGGAUGAGUUUGAGAAAGAGGAAACUUUCACCUUGUCUACCAUCAAGACACUUGAAGAGGCUGUGGGCAAUAUCGUGAAAUUCUUGGGAAUGCACCCUUGUGAGAGGUCAGACAAAGUGCCGGAUAACAAGAACACUCACACAUUGCUCCUAGCUGGUGUGUUCCGAGGUGGUCAUGACAUCCUGGUACGCUCCCGGCUGUUGCUUUUGGACACAGUGACAAUGCAGGUGACAGCCAGAAGCUCAGAAGAGCUGCCAGUAGACGUCAUCUUGGCAUCUGUGGGCUAAUGUAAGCCUGAGAGGCCCUACUCUUACCCUUUUCCCCAGCACUACACAAAAGUCAUGCCUUUCUGGUGAAACCAAGGGAGAUUCCUUCUCCAGCCUCUGUAUUCAGAAACAGGAAUCAUUGAAGAUUUUUUUUU